AUGGCAAUGUCUGAAACCUCAGCGUCUUUUAAACCUGCAUUAAUCCUCCACGGAGGAGCAGGAAAUCUUAAACGCGCCACCCUUCCGCCGGAUCUCUACGCCGCCCAUUACGCCUCGCUCCAGUCUUAUCUCCGCUCCACUCAUGCGCUCCUCACCAACGGUGCCUCGGCUCUCGAUGCCGCAGUGCAUGCCGUAUCCUUAAUGGAAGAUGACGAGCUAUUCAAUUGCGGAAGGGGCAGCGUCUUCACUACAGCGGGCACAAUCGAGAUGGAGGCCUCCGUAAUGGUCACAUCAGUACAAGGUUCUGCCGCCAACCUAGAAGGCACAAUAAAGCGCGGCGCUGGUGUCAUGGGUGUGAAGAAUGUCCGACACCCUAUCCGUCUUGCACGCGAGUCCCUCUUACGCACUGGGUAUCAUGUGGACGGCAAGCGGAGCAAUGAUGGAGGUUCUUUGCAUUCUCAGCUGCAUGGUCCUCAGGUGGAGGAAUUGGCUCGCGAAUGGGGACUGGAGUUCAAAUCUGACGAAUGGUUCUGGACAAAGCGUCGCUGGGACGAGCAUCAGCGGGGUUUGAAAGGGGAGGCGGAACCUCUUUCACUUAGUCAGGGCACUGUCGGCUGUGUUUGUUUAGAUCAGUGGGGUAAUUUGGCUGUUGCUACCAGUACUGGUGGGAUGACGAAUAAACUCCCCGGUCGAAUUGGGGAUACUCCGACGCUUGGUGCUGGCUUUUGGGCCGAAUCUUGGGAUGAGAUUGUGUCGGAUGGUAAGCUGGCGGCGGGCGCGUCUUCGUCUCCAUCGCUUGGAGAUUACUUCCAGGAGGCAAAAGGCUGGUUGGCGGACUGUCUACCUCCGACCUUAAGGGAAACCCGUGCUCCGGCUUAUACAUCUCUUCCGACUGGGUCGAAGACAGAUCAGACAGACUUGGGCUCCGAAAAGCGUGCCUUGAGCUAUGAGAGUCCAUCUGAUACGACUUCCAAGAAACGUGCCAUGGCAGUCUCGGGAACCGGAAAUGGAGAUUCGUUCCUCCGUGUUGCGGCUGCGCAUACCGCAGCUGCAAUGCUGCGGUUUUCUGCCCCCGGUCUCAGUCUAGCUGAUGCUAUCACUGCGGUAGCUGGCCCUGGUGGUGAGCUACAACGCUCUGCUGGGCAGCGAUGGCGCAUUACUGGCGAGGGUGAGGGUGGCAUUAUCGGCAUUGAAGCUGAUUCCGCUCCGGCUGCUUGUGGGCAAUUGCGCCGAGGCAAGGUCGUCUCUAACUUCAAUUCUGGGGGCAUGUGGCGUGCGUGGAUUGAAGAGGAUAGUAACGGACAAGAGACUGAGAGAAUCAUGGUUUUCCGAGAGGAAUACCGAUAG